AGUUUGGCGGCCGGAGCCGCAGGUAGCGGGGCUCCCGGCGUGUGCUCCCGCCCGGGCGGCGUGCGCGGCCGGGCGCUUACCGGCGGCUCCGCAGCAUCGCUUGUUUGCGGAAAGGAUAAAGCGCGUCUCUAAAUAGGUCAGGGGCUUCGGCAGCGCCGGGGAUUUGCGUAACGAUUUUUGUUACGAGGGAAAGGUGCGGGGCUCCCGCUCCCGGGCUCCGAGGCUGGACCGAGCGCUGCUUUCCUGGCACACGGAGUGACUUUUUAAAAAGAAGUAGUUGCAUGAGCACAGCUCGGCUUUCUUGUUUUCUAUAUCCCGACGACUUCGGGAAAGUUAAAUUUCUUCAGCAAAGGAGGAAUUAACCCGUAUGAAGGAGUCAUCCUUGAUGAGCUAAUUACGCGUGGUGAGUGCAAGUGCUUUGCAUCGCAAGCCCGUGGACGAUGAUGGUAUGCUCAAAAUGUUAAAGUUUAUGUCCUGGUGACACUGUUUCCAAAUACGCAGAUGAGAGUUAGGUGCAAGAUUGUAUUUUCUGCAGCUACAGCAAGAAAUGCCCUUGUUUCAGAAGAAUUGUCAGAAUAUUCAUGCCUGUGUGAAGGCUUAGGUUUGUUUUCUCUUGUUUUUGACUUCUGUUCAAACUUGGGAACUCUUUUCAUGGGUUUUAAAGGUUGUGAGUUUGGCAUUAAAUCUGUACUGUUAAACUUGAAUGGGAAAUCUAUAAAUGGAAAAGUUAGAGAAGUGUGGCACUGGGAGCCCUCAGAAGUUUCGAUAAAUCUUCAAAAGACAAUUUAACUGCAGCUAACUACUAGUUAUGGGAGGAGGGAAAUGAUAAUUUUAUUUCCAUACUCUCUGCUACUGCUUUAGUGCUGCCUUGUACAAAGUAUAAAAAUGAGCUGCAAAAGAAGUAUCUCGCUGUCAAGAACCUGUUAUGUUUCCUUAUCUGAACGGAAUGUAACAUGAAACAGUAGUGCAAAGCCCUGAAGUCGCUGGGGAUGCAGCUGUGUGAUUGCCGCAGGUGUGGCUGAAGCACUGCUGCUGCAGGUCCGGAACGAGAGGCAAUGGCAGGAUACGGGUGGGAUGCCCAGGCUCCUGGAUUCAGGGAGAACGUGCUCUUCGAAGCUUCUGCCUCUCGUGGCAGCAUUGUGCUCUCCAGUGGAUGCAGCCACCCUCUGCCCGGUUACUGCAGUUCUGAAAACAGGGAAAAGGUGUCUCUUUGUGUAAUCCAGAGCUGACACUAGACUGCUGUGAAUGGGCUAUGCUGCUUCUCCUUUUCCAAAGAAGUAAUCCUGCUACUCCUUUCAGGAGUAGCUAGAAUCUUGCUACUCCUUUCACCAGGUUAGUAGACUGCUUAAGGGGAGGGACAGUGAUUUUCUUCUGCUUUGUUUCUAGGGUAUUCCUCUAUAGCUGCAAACUUUUUUUCUGGUGUUUGGUCUUGCCAAAUGGAUUUUUUGUACCUUUUCCAGUGGAUGGGUGUUGAUAUGCUUGUGUGCAAUCUGAAGGCAGAAGAUAAACCAGUAGGUAGUUAUAACUGACACUGGUCACAUUAAUAACUUUUUUUUUUUUUUCAAUUGUUUGGCUUAACAAUCCACAAGGUAGUAAGAAACUAGAAAGGAAAGUAUCCUCUUUACAGGGCGUUUUCACUCAGUUAUGAAGGUUUUGCAUUUUUUUUUUCCAGUGAAUUAUAUAGCAGAUGCUUGGUUAAAUCUAAAAAUAUUAACAAAACCCAGCAGGUGUCAAGAUACUGUGCUGACUUGCCUCUUCCUGUACUAAUGGGAGCUGUCCAUCCCUCUUGUGCUCCCUCUGCACUGCACACUCUCUCACAAGGGAUCAAUAUACUCACACCAGCACCUAUUUCUCUUAAAUGACUGUUUUUUCACUGUCUGCAUUUUUUUUUUUUUAAUCUUUUGGAUUUCCUCAGCUAUCUUCCUCCUCAAGUACAGUUUCUCAGGGAUAAGUAUGUAUAAAAGCAGCAAAAGGGGCCUUGUGAAGAUAAUCUUUUGGGGGAGUGUAGGCUUGGUAGUUAAUUAGCUCUAAGAAGUCCUAAGAUUUUAAAGAGCAAUGAGGAUUACUGCAUAAAACAUAACAGAUGUUUUACAGCUCUUGCAGUUUUUUCUCUUCAGGUUAUCGCAAGGGAUUGUGGUUUGAGGAUAUUUGCUCUCUGAGUUUGAGAAUUUAUGAAAUGGGGCAUUCCUGUUAGUUUCAAAAUGAGCAUAUGGCACAGUUGUGGUAGUCUCAAAUCAUUCAUCAGGCUGUGUUGGGAUGUAGCAGAGUAUGAACUGGAGUGCAAGGUGCUCUCUAGUGUAUUGAAAUACUCUGCAAAGCUCAGGUCAUCUGUAGUUAAUGGGAAGAAAAUAUGACUUUGCAGUCUGAAUAGCUUGCUUACUGAAAUUCUGCUCUUACUUUGUAAAAUGCCUUAAGCCCUUUGGAAUUCCUUGAAUGACAACUUGCAGCAGAUAAAUAUUUUGGUUCUGUAACUUUUGCAUUGCAUUCAGAAAAUUGUAGUGCUUAAUAUACGUCACCCAUCAAGAUACAAUUGGGAAUAUUGUAUCUUAUGUUGUAUCUUUUCUUACCUCAAUUACCUCUGAUAGUGAAGGUAGAGGCAGAUGUUAAAUGCCAUAAUACCCCAGUUAACAAAGGAGGAAUUUUCCCAGAUCCACAGAAUGCAUUUGAAUAUUUUAUUCUCAGGCUGAUGGAAUGUACAGAGUUGAAAGAAUUACAGGAACUUCACUCUCCUAUGUGACUGUAACAUCCCCCUGUUACAGGUUACUAGAUUUUCACCACAUACUCUGCUUGCCUAACUACACAUGCAGCUCAAAUGUUGAUUGAAGGGCUAUUUUCUAUUGUUAUUUUGCCUACAUGUGAAAAAGGUACAGGUUCUUUUCAAAUGUAAAAUAUGUCUUUUUACUGCAGUUUCACAGAACGUGCAUGAUCUUAAAGUAGGAAGUUUAUGGUUUUCAUUAUUUAACGAAGGCCAAUGUUUUAAAAACAAAACAUCUAAAACUUUUUCAAAACUUGUGUCCUAAGGAUUUAAAAAAUGUUUUUUUCACAACAUUAACAAAUUUUCUGAUUUUAAGUAAUUUACGGAGCAAGCAGGGUAAUUAUGGCAAAAAUUGCCUCUGCGCUGUGCAGUCAUUUGAUGUAAUUCUAUAUUGUUGGAGAAAGUGCUGCCAAAGAGUAGCUAGUAUUCUAACACAGUUGCAUUCAGUGAGGACACUGAAUAUUAUUAAGUAAGCAUUACUUAAUUUAUGUUAUCAGUAGUAUGUUGGUAAAAAUAACAAAAUACUUGGUAAUUUCUUCUGGUAUAAGGUAUCUUUUAGUGCUAGGAUGUGAGGUCUUACUUGGCUUGCCACAAAUAAAAGCUUUUCUUCUGAUGCCCUGUAAUAUAUCACAUUCCAUGAAAUUAUGCUAAUGUUUCCCAGAGUGAUUAAUCAUGCCCAUUAACUUACAUAUUUUUCCUUUCUAAGUGAUUGCUGUCCUCAGAUCAUGUGCAAUAAUUCUUUUCAAUUUCUCAAAUGUGCAGCUUAGAGCUUUAACACAUUGUACAUUUUACAUGCAACUGUGAUUCUUCUUAUAUAUUAGCUAAAGCUGGCAUUGCUUUCUAUAAACAUAUUAAUUGACAUGUUAAAAAUUCAUUAGACAACCUGAGCUUCCUAGGCUUGUAAAAAUAGAAGCCUUGUAAACCAAUCUAACUAUAUCAGUGCAGCCCCAGUCUGUUACUUAUCAAUAUUGGUACCUUAACAAUUUGCUUCUGCUGAACUACCAGACAGCUCUUGUAAUGACAGGUGAUGCCAAUACACAGUGAGGCAUGUUACAACUGUGCUAUUUACAUUAUUGAUGAUUGUUUGAAUAUGAGCAAGUCAACCUGUUAGGAAAACACUUUUACUGCUUCACUCCUCAAAAAUUAUUGAACAAAACUUUGUUUAUUGCAGCAACUUUUUUUGGUUAUUAAACAUUUAUAAUAAGGAAUUUAAGAGGGAGCAGUAGCUAGACAUGAGUACAAGCAGUAACUUUAGACAGUUGAAGUCCUUUUUACAUCACUUUAUAUAUCUACAUGUUUUUCAACUACAUAGCCAUAUGUAAUAAAAACAUAAAUGUUUCACAAGUUUUAAAAUGUUGUGAGAUUGCAUUGAACACAGAAAUGACAUUAAUUAGGUUCCAGUUUACAAACAAAUGAAAUGCACUUUCUUUGUGGCAGAAUGCAGGCCCUGCAUAGUUAUGAACCUUGGUUCAUAGUUUUCACACCUGUGGGAUGGGAUGAUGUGUUGUGGUAUUGGUGAGAUGCUGUGAUUCUGAAAUAUACUGGGCAGUUUCUCAUUACUCUCUGAUUUCUCCUGGCGAACUGUUUGGUGCAGAUAUGCCAGUGCUGAAAGUAUGGGCACACCUGCAGCUCAGUCAGUCAUUUUGCAUGUGAGGCAGGUUAAUCUUGUCUCCUAGAGCACACUGAUUCUCACUGAGAGAUGUCUCGGACUCCUGCAAGCAAGACUCAAAGCCAGUCUGCUCUGUUAUAGGAUCUACUACUUGCACCUGGCAGGGAAAGUGAUCCUGAACACUAAGGUAUGAAGCGUCCAUUAAGUCCUGACCACAUUGUUGAAGAUGGGACUAUGAAUCAACCAGCUGUUCUACAGGCCUUUGAAGAAAAAGGACUGAGGAAUGACAGACAGGAUUACCAAUUAAGCAAAGAAAAAAAGAAGAUACUAUUUUCCUUCUGUGAAGUGUGCAAUAUACAGCUGAACUCUGCAGCCCAAGCUCAAGUUCAUUACAACGGGAAAUCUCACUUGAAAAGAGUGAAGCAGCUAAAUAAUGGAAAGCUCCCUACAAGUACAGCUCCUGGCACUUUGUUUGCAAGUACAAGCACAGGCACUACUACACUUCCCACCCUUGUGCGCACACCUACCUUGAUGAUGCAGCCUUCCCUGGAUAUCAAACCCUUUAUGUCCUUCCCUGUGGACAGCAGCUCUGCUGUUGGAUUCUUCCCAAAUUUUAACACAAUGGAUCCUGUGCAAAAAGCAGUCAUAAACCAUACAUUUGGAGUGUCCAUUCCCCCAAAGAAGAAGCAAGUAAUUUCCUGUAAUGUCUGCCAGCUUCGUUUUAACUCUGAUAGCCAGGCCGAGGCCCACUACAAAGGAAGUAAACAUGCCAAGAAGGUCAAAGCACUAGAGGCAACGAAAAACAAACCCAAAGCUGGUUCUUCCAAGGACAGCGCAAAGGUUAACACGGGCUGCUCCACCACGCCAGUCACAGCCAACAUCUCUGACAAAUCAGAAGAUAAAGGGAAAGAAAAACCCGACAGUGCAAGUCAGCAGUCCAGUACAGAAGUGGAUCCUUUUCUUCCCAAACCUGGAGUGGUGCCUGCAGCACCUGCCUCAUCUUCCAAGAGCACCAAUGGAGCUGCUAACACAGUUACUGAGUCAGAAGAGGAAAAAGCCAAAAAACUACUUUACUGUUCAUUAUGCAAAGUGGCUGUGAAUUCCCUUUCACAACUAGAAGCCCACAAUACAGGCUCCAAGCACAAGACCAUGGUUGAAGCUCGGAAUGGUGCUGGUCCCAUCAAGUCUUACCCUAGGCCUGGAUCCCGAAUGAAGGUGCAGAAUGGCAGCAAAGGCUCAGGACUGCAGAACAAGACGUUCCAUUGUGAAAUCUGUGAUGUCCAUGUUAAUUCAGAAAUUCAGCUUAAACAGCACAUUUCCAGCCGAAGGCAUAAGGACAGAGUUGCAGGAAAGCCAAUGAAGCCUAAAUAUAGUCCUUACAACAAACUGCAGCGCAACCCAAGUAUUUUAGCAGCAAAACUUGCAUUCCAGAAGGACAUGAUUAAGCCUGUGGCACCUGCUUUCCUCUCAUCUCCUCUUGCUGCAGCUGCAGCUGUAUCAUCAGCUCUGUCCCUCCCUCCCCGGCCCUCGGCAUCCCUGUUCCAGGCACCAGCAAUCCCGCCAGCUCUCCUCAGGCCAGCCCACGGGCCCAUCCGGGCAACGCCUGCCUCCAUACUCUUUGCGCCAUACUAAUUUAUUGAUGUGAAAAAGAGAUAUCUACGGCCAGUACAAAGAGCAAAGAAAAGCAGGAAAGGGGUUGAGGUUUUAAAAUGUUUCUCUUUUGCAAUGCCAUCCAGCAUGACACCUCAUCCAACCACAUCAUAAAAUCCAUCAUUGACGGCACUGCGUUAUGGAGUAUAGACAACUCUGUCUUCUCUCCAUCUCUAUUUUUUUUAAUCAAAAUAGUGUGAUUUGCUUAAAAAUUAAAUUGCUCAUAAAAUUUAUACCAUUAAAGAUUCGUGCAUCUAUUAUUUUUUUUCUUUUUCUUUUUUUUUCUUAAUUUGUAUGAUGCACCUUGGAAUCAAGGAACAUAAAAUAUUUUCCUGACAGACUUGAAAACUAGGGUCUUCCUCACUCACACCUAUGUAAAUACUUGUCUGAAAAGCAACAGGGUAUAAUCUAAUGUGGAAUAAAGGAAAAGGCAGAUGAACAAAAUGCUUGAUUGCAGAUAACAUCUCAAAAAAUAAUUGCAUCCAUUAUUUUUAUGUGCUCUUGUUGACAGGGAUUGUGUGCUGUCCUAGACCCCAGUACUGGUGUAUCUUGUGUAGUACUACAGAUGUACCAUGUCUGACUUUAAUAUUUUUAGUUUCUGUGCAAAUGUUUGAAAGCAAUGCAAUGCUGAAGCUUUUAAUUAUUUCUUUUGUGUCAUACUUUAUUUAGAGAAAUCAAGAAUAGAAAGCCAUAUAACAUAGAGUUAAGAUUACUGCUUGUUUGCUACUUUCAUUUAACUUAUUUUUGUUGUUUCUUCACUGGUGUUGCUAAGCAAUGUUUAAAAAGAAAAAAAAGCUUUUCAAUUGCACAUUGCCACAGCUCACAUGUGUUGUUCAAGAAGACAAUGGAUCCAUGUGUUUGUACGUAAAUAUCCUGUUUUCUUAAUUUCUAACUAGUUUCCUUUGUAAUGAUGCUGCAUAACAUUGUGGCUCCCUAAUGCAAUAAUGUACAGAACAUAAAAUAUUUAUAAUUGACCAUAUUCUCUGUUUACUGAAUAUAUUACAGUAAUGUCCCACCUAUCUUCUUACCUCCCCAACCCUUUUAUAAAGGUGAAUCAUUAUGCAGUGCUCAGACUGGAGUCAUUAUAUGAUAAUGAGGACUACAGGUGGAAGAAAGGAAAAAAAAAGAGAAUUAACUUUUAGAGCAUCUUUAUCAGCAAUCCAUAAUAGUAAGAUGUCUGUGUAUUUUUUUAAAUGUACCUUUUCAAUAAAAUAAUAAGAAAAUUGUACAUGCUUAUUGUGUUUUAAUUGGUACGGAAAGAAAAUGCCUGAAACAAAUUUAGCUAAAGGAGUCUUCCAGGAGUAGACAAAGCAUCAGAGUUGCAAUAAAGUAUAAUUACAGAA